AUGGCACCCGGUGUGGCCCCACUACUGGCUCUCAGCCUGCUGGUUCUUUGGACCUCCUCAGCCCCAGCUCUGGGUGGUGCUAAUGAUGCAGAAGACUGCUGCCUGUCUGUGACCCAGCGCCCCAUCCCUAGAAACAUCGUGAAAGCCUUUCGCUACCUUCUCAUCAAGGAUGGCUGCAGGGUACCUGCUGUUGUGUUCACCACACUGAGGGGCCACCAGCUCUGUGCACCCCCAGACCAGCCCUGGGUAGAACGUAUCAUCUGGAGACUGAAGAAGUCCUCGGCCAAGGCAAGCCUGGCUCUCCCCAGCCCUACCUCCACCCUCUAA